UCCAGCUGCGGAGUGCUGCAGUCGGCCUGCCUUGUCUACCUCUGAGCCUGCUGGGAGCUGGGGGGAGAAACCGUCGAGGGAGAGCGAGCAAGGGGGGAAGUGUGUGUGUUGGUCCCAAAACUGGAAAACCACUACCAAAAAGCACACACGCUCAGGUUUCAGACCGACUUUAAAGCCCUCCGGACGGAUUGUUGGCACUACUUUACCUAGAGCAGUGAAAAGCCGCCACGGAGAAACUUGCGUGAUUGUUUUUUCUUCUUCUGUGGUAGAAGCAGUGCUGUUGAUCCGCCGACUGCUCUGUUACUUGAGGGGAAUCAUUGGUUGGAGCAGCAUUGCGCAUUUACACCGCUGUAUAUCCAGGGGGGAAAGGAACAAUGAAGAACUAAGCGGCUUCUUCUUGCUGCUUUAGGUCGGGCUUGUCGCAAACUUAAAUAUUUUCCAGUGUAAUUUUGUAUCGCGCCUCUUUUCUCCCACCCGCGUUCAUUUUUCUCGAGCUGUGUGGGAUGCGUCGGCUGUUGUAGGAUUCCGCUUGUUGACAAACAGUUUUUUUUCUUACAAUAAGUUUACAACAAGCUUCGGAGAAAAGAAGACAGAAAAUGUCUUCGCAGAGGUUCAAAAAGGAUAAAGAAAUCAUCGCGGAUUACGAGAGUCAAGUCAAAGAGAUCCGGGCCCAGUUGGUGGAGCAGCAGAAAUGUCUGGACCAGCAGACGGAGAUGCGGGUCCAGCUGCUGCAAGACCUGCAGGACUUCUUCAGGAAGAAGUCAGAGAUUGAGAUGGAGUACUCCAGAAACCUGGAGAAACUGGCCGAACGCUUCAUGGCAAAGACUCGCAGCACCAAGGAUCACCAGCAGUACAAGAAAGACCAGAACCUGCUGUCCCCGGUCAACUGUUGGUACCUGCUGCUGAACCAGGUGAGGAGGGAGAGUAAGGACCACGCCACGCUGAGCGACAUCUACCUCAACAACGUCAUCAUGAGGUUCAUGCAGAUCAGCGAGGACUCCACACGGCUACUCAAGAAGAGCAAGGAAAUUGCCUUUCAGCUCCAGGAAGACUUAAUGAAGGUCCUUAAUGAGCUAUACACAGUGAUGAAGACGUACCACAUGUACCACACAGAGAGCAUCAGCGCCGAGAGUAAGCUGAAGGAGGCCGAGAAGCAGGAGGAGAAGCAGAUCGGCAGGGGAGAACCCGUCUUCAGCAUCCGAAUGGAGGACAAAUACCAGAGGCGCAGCUCUGUGAAGAAGAUCGAGAAGAUGAAAGAGAAGCGUCAAGCCAAGUACUCCGAGAACAAGCUGAAGUCGAUCAAAGCGCGCAACGAAUAUCUGCUGACUCUGGAAGCGUCAAACUCCUCCGUCUUCAAAUACUACAUCCAUGACUUGUCGGACUUAAUUGAUUGCUGUGAUUUGGGUUACCACGCCAGUCUGAACCGGGCCCUGCGGACCUACCUGUCAGCCGAAUACAACCUGGAGACAUCCCGGCACGAGGGUCUGGACAUCAUAGAGAACGCCGUGGACAGUCUGGACCCCCGGAGUGACCGACAAAGGUUCAUGGAGAUGUACCCUACGGCCUUCUGCCCACCGGCAAAAUUUGAAUUCCAGCCUCAUAUGGGAGACGAGGUGUGUCAGAUCUCAGUGCAGCCACCGGUGAACGGAGAGCUCAUCCUGAGGUUCCAGCAGCUUCAGUCCCGCUUGGCAACUCUGAAUAUUGAGAACGAAGAGAUCAAAAAGACAUCUGAGGCCACCCUGACCACCAUCCAGGACAUGACGACUAUCGAAGACUACGACGUGUCCGAGUGUUUCCACCACAGCCGGUCCACGGAGUCGGUCAAAUCCACCGUUUCUGAGACGUACCUCAGUAAGCCCAGCAUCGCCAAGAGGAGGGCCAACCAGCAGGAGACGGAGCAGUUCUACUUCAUGAAAUUCCGGGAGUUUCUGGAGGGCAGUAAUCUCAUCUCCAAACUGCAGGCCAAACAUGACCUGCUGAAGAGGACACUUGGUGAAGGCCACAGAGCCGACUACAUGACCACAAGACAUCCCAAUGGGCAGUUCAGAACCCACACCGGCACCCGGCGGGCUAGACCCCGCUCUGUUUUUAAUGUUAGGUUAUUUAAUGGCAAUUUGGAGUCAUUUAUCAAGGACUCUGGACAAGCUAUCCCCCGCGUGGUUGAAAGCUGUAUUCGCUGCAUAAAUUUGUAUGGCCUUCAACAUCAAGGAAUAUUUCGCGUAUCUGGAUCCCAUCUCGAAGUCAAUGACAUCAAGAACUCGUUUGAAAGAGGAAAUGACCCCCUGGCGGACGAUGAUAACAAUCAUGACAUCAACUCGGUGGCCGGCGUUCUCAAACUUUACUUCCGUGGUCUGGAGAACCCUCUUUUCCCCAAAGAGAGGUUCAAUGAUCUGCUGUCUUGCAUCAGAAUAGAGAGCCUGUACGAGAGGGCGCUGUUCAUCCGUAAGAUCCUCCUGACCAUUCCCAGAUCAGUCCUCAUCGUCAUGCGCUACCUCUUCGCCUUCCUCAACCACGUGUCCCAGUACAGUGAUGAGAACAUGAUGGACCCGUACAACCUGGCAAUAUGUUUCGGCCCCACGCUUAUGCCCACACCAGAAACCCAGGACCAGGUCUCCUGCCAGGCCCACGUCAACGAGAUUGUCAAGACCAUCAUCAUCCACAAUGAGAACAUCUUUCCUGAUGCCAAAGAACUGGAGGGGCCCAUCUAUGAGAAGUGUAUGGCUGGAGGAGACUAUUGUGAAAGCCCCUACAGUGAGCAUGGAGCCCUGGAGGAAGUGGAAAAUGAGGGAGGGACAGAAACACACACCAGCGAGGACGAGGGUGAGCCCAUUGAAGCCAUCGCCAAGUUUGACUACGUCGGGCGCUCUUCCCGAGAGUUGUCUUUCAAGAAGGGCGCCUCCCUGCUGCUGUAUCAGCGGGCUUCAGAAGACUGGUGGGAGGGGCGGCACAACGGCAUCGAUGGCCUGGUGCCACACCAGUACAUCGUGGUCCAAGACAUGUGA